GCCAAAAUAAAAUUAAAAUUACAAAAUUUGCUUGAGAAAAAAAUUUAACACUAAAAUUUUUAUUAAUUAAUAAUAAGAAAACAAACAAUUUUACCAAAACCCCAAACAACAAAUAAAAAAAAGACAAACUGGAAGCUAAACAACAAAUAACGUGUAAAACAACUUUAGGCCAACAGUCGUCUAACGGUGGUUCCCCUACCACGACUGCUGGCUUGUUAAGUGACAACAACACUACACCAACACCACUACCACCACCACCCACUUCAUCAUCAACAACAUUAUUAGCAUCUUCAUUAGACACAUCAUUAAUAACAUUAGCUCCUAAACAACAACAACAACAACAAAUUGAUUUACUACUACUGGAUCCAAAUACAACAAAUCAUAAAAGCAGCCGAAUGCAGCCAACAUUGCCACAAACAGCCGGUACAGCCGAUAUGGAUUUGACGGCUGUGCAAUCAAUGGAUUGGUUUUUCAAAAAGGAACAAAUUUAUUUAUUGGCACAAUUUUGGCAACAGAGAGCUACCUUGGCUGAAAAGGAAGUGAACACCUUAAAAGAACAACUAUCCACCAAUACACCCAAUACUGAAGGAGAUAACAAUAACUCUGGUGACUUGGCCAGCAACACUGCUGCUAGCAAUACACUUGAAGCUAACGCCGACGAAGUCUUAAACGCUUUGUCCACACAAAUCCCACCAAAUAAACUACUUUCGCCCUCGUUUAAUAAUAAUAAUACCAAACUUUUAAAUAGUGUAGCCGCUGCCAUUACACUACAUCAAAACGGUGGUAAUCUUUUGGCUACCACACCCUCACCCUCGCCUCCUUUAUCGGACGCCGGCCACAACGUUAGUGGUUCUCAGGAGGAGGAGCAACUUAACGAAGAAGAGCAACAGCAAUUGAACGGUUGCUUAAAUCCCAAAUUGUUUUUCAAUCACGCCCAACAGGUUAUGAUGAUGGAAGCAGCAGCUGCUGCAGCGGCCGCUGCUGCCGCUGCGGCUGCAGUACAACAGCAACAAUCGCCCAUGCAUUCGCCACAACCUGCAGCACAACAACAGCAGCAGCAACAGGAUAAUGAAAAUGUUGAAGCUUUAUUAGCUAAACCCACCAAUACAAAGGAAAUCAAAGAUAAUUUAGAUUCCAAAUUAUUAAGUGAUACUCAAACACAAAAUAACCAUAGCCUACUUGCCACAACCCAUGAUAUGGAAAAACAGGAUAGAGAGCAGGAUACCAAUGCUGCCGCAAAUAGCGAUUGUAGUAAUAACAACAAUAAUAACAAUAAUAGUUUUAAUAGUGAUAGUAACAACAAAAAUAGUGUAAAUUCAGAUAAUUGUAUGGAAGUUAAAGAUAAAUUAACUGAAGAAGAUGAAGAGCAACAGGAAGAGGAAACACAACAACAACAUAUGGAUACCACUGAGGAAUUAAGUGGGAAAUUAUUAGAUAAUAACAACUACAACAUUAAUGAAAUGAAAAACAAUCAUAUGGAAUUAUUAGCUGCCAAAGAUAAAGAGAUUAAAGCCUUAUUUGAAGAAGUUAAACGUUUAAGAAACGUAGAACAAACACAUUUAAUACAAAUCCAUCGAUUAGAAGAACAUUUGGAAGCCAAACGCCAGCAUAUAAUACGUUUGGAAUCCAAAUUGGAUAAACAGCAAAUAAAUGAAGCUUUACAACAAAAUCAGUUAGAGCAGCAGCAGCAGCAACAGCAGCGCAAGCCAGAGUCUGAGGACAAAGACUGUGAAAUGUUAGAGAUUAAGGAAACAGCAAAGGCUCAAGAUGUAACUGAAGCCAUUGAAGCGCAAGUUAAUGAUGAUGACGACGAUGAUGAUGAUGCUGUCGAAGUUAUUGUUAAAGAGAGAAACUGUGAUUUAAUAAAAAAUAAAGUAGGCAAUGAUGAUGAAGAAGAGGAGGAUGAGCAGGAGCGAGAAGAGAACUUGUCUGAAGUUAGAGCAGAUAAUAAUCAAAAUUCUUUAGAUAUGGAAGAGUGUACAAAUACUAAAGAUUCUAUCAAAGAUAUACAAAUCAAAAAGGAAACACAAUCUCCCUUAUCUUUAGACUCGAUUAGCCAACAAAAUGCCAUUGCUGCUGCCGCCGCCGCAGCUGCAGCCUGCAAUAAUGAUCCCAAUAAAUUCCAAGAAUUAUUAAUGGAAAGAACCAAAGCUUUGGUAGCUGCUGAGGCUUUAAAAAAUACCGAAGUAAGCUUAACAAAUAAAGAAGAGCCAGAGCCUCAAAGUUUAGAUUCUAACAUACAAACAGAAACUAAAACUCAAGCUCUAGAUCAUAAUAAAGAAGAGCAAACCACAGAAAGCUCCUCAAAAGUGCCAAAAAUUGAAAUACUCGAUGAUGAUGAUGAAGAGGAAGUGGUAGAAGAGGUUAAUUCCCAAAUAAAUAAUAAUUUAACAACAAAAUCUUGUGAACAAGCUUCAGAGGCUAAUUUGAUAAAGCCACUUGAAGAACAAGUUCAAGAAGAAGAAGAAGAACAUGAACAUGAAGAAGAAGAAACUGAAAAUGAUAUCGAAGAAGUUUCUUCUUCGUUUAAACAGAAUGUUGAACGUUUUGGCACUUUAUUGGGUGAGGAAUUGGUGAAUACUUAUUGGCGCAGGGGUUUUGAUAACAGCAAAUCCUUGUAUAACAACAAUAAUUAUCAGCAACAUUUGCAGCAGCAACAACAACAACGUUCUCUGCAGCAGCAUCAUCACCACCACCACCAACAACAGCAACAACAACAACAACAGCAAUUGCUUAUGCAACAUCAGCCCCUACAACACCAACAUCAUCAUCAUCACUCCUCAACACAAACGCAUUUAUCAACACCACAGUCUCAACCACCCUGUGGUCCCUCCUCCACCACUUUGCUUAGUCAAUUAGUUAAUUCUACUUUUUCUACUCCCAACUCUAAUACUUCUUCAACUCAAUCCUCUUUACGUUCUGCAGAUGGUUUUUCACAUUCUCAAGCUGCCGCCGCCGCUUCACACCAUCAUCAUUUACAGUCCCACCAUCAUCAUCACCAUCACCUGCACCAUCAAUUGCCCGGCCAUUUGUCGUCGGAACAUGAUAAGUCUGCUCUUAAUCAUCAUGAUUCCUCGGCCUCCAGUGCCAGCACACCCAAUCUGCAGGAACAACGCCAGAACUCGGAAGAUCAUCAUAGUUUAUCUCUAAAUGGCUCGCUUAAGAAUCUAGAGGAUAAUAACAAUAGCUUAUGUGCCACUCCCACGGGUCAUCAUAUGGGCGCUGGUCAUGCCUCACAUUUGCCUCAUGGCUUUUUGCCCGGUUUACCAUUCCAAUUCCAAGAACGUGGCCACUUCCGUUUUGCCGAUGACUUACAAUUGCCCCCCGGCACUUCUAUGGCCGGACGUUUGGGUGAAUCUUUAAUACCCAAAGGUGAUCCCAUGGAGGCUAAACUACAGGAAAUGUUACGUUACAAUAUGGACAAAUAUGCCAAUCAGGCUUUGGAUACGUUGCAUAUCUCUAGGCGUGUACGUGAAUUGUUGUCGGUGCACAAUAUUGGUCAACGUAUAUUUGCCAAAUAUAUAUUGGGUCUGUCGCAGGGCACUGUUUCGGAAUUGCUGUCGAAACCCAAACCCUGGGAUAAAUUGACCGAAAAGGGUCGUGACAGUUAUCGCAAAAUGCAUGCCUGGUCUUGUGAUGAUAAUGCAGUGAUGCUACUCAAAUCGUUAAUACCCAAAAAAGAUUCUGGUUUACCUCCUUAUGGCAGUGGUGCAGCUGGUGGUCGUGGUGAUGAUUCAAUGUCCGAUGAACGUAUUGCUCAUAUUUUAAAUGAGGCUUCUUCUUUAAUGAAAUCAUCUUCAUCGGGCUCUGUUAUGCAUGAACAUCAAAGAAGAUCUUCUGCUUUGCCAGAAGAUUCACGCAGUAAUGAUGAUUCCAAAUCACCUCAUCAACCCUGCGCCUCACCUUUCUAUAAAGAGCAUCAUAGCAAAUCGCAGGGUGCUGAAUCGUCGGGUCAGGGUCUUAUGCGUGGCGUGGAUGAUAUGAAUCCGGAGAAAAUGGCUAGACUUUAUCAGGAAUUAAUGGCUAGAGCUCCACGGGAAGCUUUUCCAGGUUUCUUGCUUUCUCCCUUUUUCAGUGGUGGUCUUCCCUCAGCUGCCGCCGGCAUGGCUGCCAAUGCUUUCCCCGGUUUGGCGGGUGAUGAUAACAUGCGUUUGGCUUUUGAGCGUGAAAUGUCAAAAUUCCAACAACAGCAACAUGCUGCCCAACCACCUAACUUUGCCAAUUUCUCUAGUCUUAUGGCUUUGCAACAGCAAAUGUUAAACGGUGCCCAGGAUCUUUCUUUAGGGCCUGAGGACUCUAACAGCAAACCCAGCAAGGACUCCAACAACAAGGUAAAUGGUCAACGCACCUCAUUUGAGGGUUCCCAGAGCUCACUCAGCAAUCAUGGCCAAACCACACCGAAUGCCAAAGAUUCUAACUCCAACGAAGUGGAAAGACUUUAUCCUGGUUUGGUAAAAUCUGAACAGGGCAAUAAGACUCCAGCGCCUCUUGUCUCCAGCAAUGCUUCCACCACCAACACUAAUUCAGCAGCUCCCAGUCCUCUCAGCAAUUCCAUACUCCCGCCUGCUAUGACUCCCAAUGAGGAAUUUUCCGCCACCGCCAGUCCUUUGCAGAGAAUGGCCUCCAUUACCAAUUCUUUAAUAACACAACCUCCCGUACCACCUCAUCAUACGCCACCACAAAGACCCACCAAGGCGGUCUUGCCUCCCAUUACCCAACAGCAAUUUGAUAUGUUUAACAAUCUCAAUACCGAGGAUAUAGUGCGUCGCGUUAAGGAGGCUUUGUCUCAAUAUUCCAUUUCUCAACGUUUGUUUGGUGAAUCCGUGUUGGGCUUAUCUCAGGGUUCUGUGUCCGAUCUUUUGGCCCGGCCCAAACCCUGGCAUAUGUUGACCCAAAAAGGUCGUGAACCUUUCAUACGCAUGAAAAUGUUUUUGGAAGAUGAAAAUGCGGUCCACAAACUAGUGGCUUCCCAAUAUAAAAUAGCUCCCGAAAAGCUUAUGAGAACCGGCAAUUACAGUGGCUCGCCACAAAUACCUCAGGGUUUGGCCAGUAAAAUGCAGGCCUCUUUACCCAUGCAAAAAAUGAUGAGCGAACUGAAGUUGCAGGAACCAGCUCACAUUAUGCAGCAAAUGCAGGCAGCCGCCGUAAUGUCUGCCGCCAUGCAACAACAUCAACAGCAGCAGGCCGCCGCUGUUGCUCAGCAAACUCAACAACAACAGGCAGCACAAGCGGCUGUACAAGCUGCUCAGGCAGCAGCCGCCGCUCAAGCGGCACAACAUCAUCAAAGUAUGCUUUUAACUUCGCCGGGUUUGCCUCCGCAGCAUACCAUCGCUUUACCGGCCGCCAACUCACAACCUUCCUCAGGCACAACUACACCCGCCGGUCCUACACCCGAUAAGAAGCCCAUGAUGAUGCCCAUACACUCACCCCACCAAGGUAAUGCCAUGCGCAAUAUGCACCAGCAUAUGUCACCCACCGUUUAUGAAAUGGCCGCCUUGACCCAGGAUUUAGACACUCAGGUUAUCACCACCAAAAUCAAGGAAGCCUUGCUAACCAACAAUAUUGGUCAGAAAAUCUUUGGCGAAGCUGUAUUGGGUUUGUCUCAGGGUUCUGUAUCCGAAUUGCUGAGCAAACCUAAACCCUGGCAUAUGUUGUCUAUUAAGGGACGUGAACCCUUCAUACGCAUGCAGUUGUGGCUGUCGGAUGCCAAUAAUGUAGAGCGUUUGCAGGUUCUGAAGAAUGAGAGAAGAGAGGCCUCCAAACGCCGCCGUUCGACUGGACCCAAUCAACAGGACAAUAGCUCUGAUACUUCUAGCAAUGAUACCAAUGAUUUUUACACCUCCAGUCCGGGACCCGGCUCCGUGGGCAGCUCAGGCGCCCCACCCAAUAAGAAACAGCGCGUUUUAUUCUCUGAGGAACAGAAAGAGGCCUUAAGAUUAGCUUUUGCCUUAGAUCCUUAUCCCAAUGUGGGCACUAUUGAGUUUUUGGCCAAUGAAUUGGGUUUGGCCACACGCACCAUUACCAACUGGUUCCACAAUCAUCGCAUGCGCUUGAAACAGCAAGUGCCACAUGGGCCACCUGGACAGGAAACCAAUAUACCCACUAGGGAAAACACCAAUUCCACACCCUUUGAUCCCGUCCAGUUUCGCAUUUUGCUGCAGCAGAGAUUGCUAGAAUUGCAUAAGGAACGCAUGGGUCUGAGUGGCAAUACCCCCUUGCCCUAUCCACCCUAUUUUGCAGCAGCCGCUUUACUGGGACGUUCAUUGGCCGGCAUGCCCGGCACUAAUCCCCAAAACGCCUUGCCCACCAAUGAGGCUGAAUUGCGAGCCCUCAAUCAAGCUUUCAGAGAACAAAUGUCUGGUUUGGAUUUAUCCAUGAGCUCUUUGAAACGCGAACGCAAUGAUGAUUUCGAGGAUGAUAUGGAUGAGAGUCAUAUGUCCGAAAAUGAAAAUGAGGAUUUAGAUGAUGAGGACAAGACGAGUGAUUAUAGAAAUGCCGCCUUAAGCAGCAGUUUAAAUGCCCAGCAAUUUCUCAACAAUAUGCGUUUGAAUAGAAGAAAACCUGCCGCACCACAAUGGGUUAAUCCAGCCGUACCCUCUGAUAGCGAACGCAUUAUCAAUGGCGUAUGUGUUAUGCAAGAUGAGAACCAACAACAACAGCAGCAGCAGCAACAGCAAUUGUCUCAGGAGGAGGAACAUUUAGUUAAUAAAAACCAAGAACAGGAGGAAGAAAAUGACAUGAUGAUGGAGACUCCACAUCCUAAUCUCAUGGAACCUGAGGUGGUAAUCAAACAAGAAAAAGAAGACUGUGAAAGUGAUAGCGAAAAGGAAAGGAUCAAUGAGGAAAGUUUAACAGAGGAAAGAAUAAAGGUUAUACAAGAAGACAAGCUGAGAAUGGUGCGUGUUAAUCGUUUAAGCAGUGAAGAGGAAACCUUGGCCAAUAGCAGCAAUGCUGCCGCUGCCGUUAGCAAUCCAACAGCAACAGCGUGGAAUUAUUAAAGAGAGAUUUUUUGUUUUAAAAAUAUAGAGAAAAUAAUUAAAUAGUAAAAAAAAGUAACAGGAUUAAGA